CAGUGAUUGAGAUGUGAAAUGGAGAUGAUUCUCAAUAUUCUUCAAACAACUCAAGUAUUCUGGUGGCUGUUUAUAGACAACAUUGGAAGCGAUUCAUUGGAUUAAAAGUGUGUGGCUAGCAUGGAAACUGAGGGUAAGGUGAUCAAGUGCAAGGCAGCAGUGGCCUGGGAACCAGGAAAACCAUUCUCCAUUGAGGAGGUGGAGGUUGCUCCUCCCAAAGCACAUGAAGUACGAAUUAAGAUAGUAGCAUCUGGAGUAUGCCACACAGACUGGACUUUCCUGCAUGAGGUUGGUAAAACUAUGAAUCCCCAGCUCUUUCCUGUGAUCUUGGGACAUGAGGGGGCAGGAGUGGUGGAAAGUGUUGGUCCAGGUGUCACAAAGAUGUCCAUAGGAGAUAAAGUUAUUCCUCUAGUCGUGCCACAGUGUGGACAAUGUGAACGUUGUCUGAGUCCAAAGACAAACCUCUGCACCAAAAACUGGGAGACAAAUCAGCAAUGUCUUCUUGCAGAUGGCACCAGCAGGAUCACUUGCAAGAAUCAGCAGAUUUACCAGUUUAUUGGUAUCAGCACCUUCUCUGAAUAUACUGUUGUUCCAGAGGACAAUGUCACCAAGAUUCACCCAGACGCUCCACUGGACAAAGUCUGUCUGCUGGGCUGUGGAGUGUCUACAGGAUACGGAGCAGCAGUGAACACAGGCAAAGUAGAAUCUGGCUCUACGUGUGCUGUGUUUGGUUUGGGAGCUGUUGGACUGGCAGCUGUCAUGGGAUGCAAGGCUGCUGGUGCUUCCAGGAUCAUCGCUGUAGACAUCAACCCAGACAAGUCUGAGAUCGCCAAGACUUUUGGAGCAACUGAGUUUGUGAACCCUAAAGACCACAGUAAACCCAUUCAGGAGGUGCUGAGGGAGCUGACUAAAGGUGGUGUUGACUUCUCUCUUGAGUGUGUGGGGAAUGUGGGAGUAAUGAGAGCCGCUGUGGAAGCAUGUACUCCUGCAGGGGGAGUCUGUGUGAUGGUGGGCUGGACCAGGAUGGGAGAACUUAGUCUGGUUUCUGAGGAUAUUCUAUUAGGAAAAACUCUAAAAGGCUCCUAUUUUGGUGGUUGGAAGAGUGCUGAGGCAGUGCCCAAGUUGGUACAGGAUUAUAUGAGCGGGAAGCUUCUGCUAGAUGAAUUUGUGACACACAGACUGGCUCUAGAUCAGGUUAACCAGGCCUUCGAUCUUAUGAUCACUGGGAAGAGUAUUCGUACAGUAAUCAAGAUGUGAGAUGAAUAACUGUCUUUAAACAAAAGUGUUUAUAUUCUGUUCUGACAUUACAUCCAUCAGGGAAGAAUCGGUGUUGUCAUAAUGCAAUGCAAUAAUACAAUAAAGUUGCAUAGGUCUUAGUUCAGAUCUCAUUGGUCCCAAAUCCUAUUCAACAUAAUUAUACAGUAAACAUUAAUAAACUUGUCACAUCACACAGCUAUUUGAUAUUUAGUAUGGUUUCAUGUGUACUAUACAGAAAAGUUUUAUUUAUGAUAUGCUUCUUUAAAAUGCUUAUUCUCAAGGAAUAUGUAUUGUUUCACGCAAUAAAGCUUAUUCUGAUGCAUUUAA